AUGCGGCCAUCCAGUCGGGACGAAUUUUCGAUCGCGAUCAUCUGCGCGCUGACUCUCGAAGCAGAGGUUGUUGAAGAACUCUUCGAUGAAAUUUACGACAGGUUGAGCGGAUACUAUAGGAAACAGCCGGGAGACGAUAAUGCAUACAUCAACGGGAGGAUUGGGAAUCAUAAUGUGGUCGUGUGCUAUAUGCCAGGUAUGGGGAAAGGAAAUGCUGCCAGCGUGGCAUCGGGUUUGAAAAUCAGCUAUAAAAGGAUCAACCUGGCACUGGUGGUUGGCAUCUGUGGAGGUGCACCAUAUCCGUUGUCUGGUGGAGAGAUAUUUCUAGGGGAUGUCAUAAUAAGUGAUUCUGUGGUUCAAUACGACUUCGGCAGGCAAUAUUCUGGUGGGUUUGAAAAGAAGACUGGUGUGAAGGACUCGCUUGGAAGGCCGAAUAAGGAAGUCCGAGCUCUACUGGCAGGUCUCCAGGCAAAACGCACUCGCAGGGACUUGCAAGCUAAGAUGCUACGGCAUCUACAAGCUAUCCAGGAAUCAGACCUUGACUGGCAUCGCCCGAGGCCUGCUGAUGAUGUUUUGUUUGAAGCAUCAUAUCAGCACAAGCAUUACAGUCCUACUUCUCCUAUGUGUUGUUGCCUUGAUGGCAGGUCUCGAGAUGUCUGCAUAAUCGCACUGGACACGGCCUGUAUCCAUUUAGGCUGUGAUAAGAACCGAGUUUCCCGACAUCGACGUGAUACAGAAAACUGCAGCCCGAACAUACACAUCGGGACAGUCGCAUCCGCUGAUACUGUGAUGAAGUCCGGUGAGCAUCGUGACCGUCUGGUCAAGUCAGACAAUGUGAUUGGUUUCGAGAUGGAGGGCGCAGGAGUAUGGGACAAUACUUCAUGCAUUAUUAUCAAAGGGGUGUGUGACUAUGCAGAUAGCCACAAGAACACAGCAUGGCAAACCUAUGCAGCAGCAACUGGAGCGGCGACUGCCAAAGCUUUCUUGGAGUAUUGGGUACCCACUGUUCGAGAAGAGGCCAGUGAAUUUCAUAUCCCAUUAGACCUUUCAGCGGUUCCUGCGAUUGAGGAGUUUAUUGGACGAGAAGAUGACGUCAACCGUCUAUGGGACUAUUUACAACCGAGAAUUCCGCAGACACGAAAGGUUGCUGUCCUCCACGGACUUGGUGGGAUAGGGAAAACCCAGCUGGCAAUCCACUUCGCCCGGAAACAUAAAGAUGACUUCACCGCUGUCUUCUGGCUGAGCGGCAAAGAUCGAUCCGCGUUGAUACUAUCUUUGAGUACCUGCCUCCCUCGGAUACAAGGACAUCCCGUGAACAAUGAGGCGAAAAAUGAAGAAGAAGCAGAACAAAGAGCCAAUCAAGUACUGCAGUGGCUAGCAGUGCCAGGUAAUACCAAAUGGCUUCUUAUCUUUGACAAUGUCGACCAAUAUGCUCCGUUCCCCGACUGCAACACUCGUGGAUACGAUAUCUGUGAAUUCUUUCCAAAAGCCGAUCAUGGAUCUAUAAUAAUCACUUCCCGGGUCCAGAGGCUUACUGAAGUGGGGAAACCAUUUCCAAUUAAGAAACUUACACAGGAAGAUGCCACCCAGCUUCUGCUGCAGAGCAGCGGCUUCUCAGCCCAAGGAGCUGCGCAAGUUGAAGCUAAAGAAGGACUAAGACUAACAGUUGUAGAUAUAAUACCUAGUGUGGACCGGUUGGAUGGGCUCUCUCUGGCAAUUGUACUUGCUGGAGCCUUUAUGCGUGAAACUGGAACCAGUUUCAAGGAAUAUCUAAAACUCUACAAAGAGACAUGGUCUGAUUUACAGUCUCAGGCCACGCCUACACGUCAUUACUGGCAAGGCAAUAUCCUCGAAACAUGGAUGAUCACAUAUCAAGAAAUCCAAAAACGCGAUCCAACUGCUGCAACACUGCUCCUCUUGCUCGCUUGCUUUGAUAACCGAGAUAUUUGGUAUGAACUGAUUCGGGGUGGUUUGAACUGCUCUCACACGCCACCUUGGUUUGAGGCGGCAGUUUCAAACAAACUAGCCUUCAAGGCAAAGAUCAAGGUGCUAGUUGGGUUUUCCCUCGUUGAGCCAAGACGACAGGAAGGAAGCUUUACUAUCCAUCCGGUGGUACAGGACUGGUGUUUCCAUAUUGCUGCUUCAGAGAAACAAACAGUUCAGCUAUAUGAAUUGGCACUGGUCUCUGUUGGUUAUACAGUCUCAAGCAAGAAUGACAGGGAGUAUGCAAGGCUUCAGCAGCGUUUACUUCCACAUGCAAACCAUGUGAUCAAGAGGGAGAAAUACAGUUGGCCUGACGAUAAAGUCGCUGUGUGGGGAUCAUUCAGUGGGUUGGGAAAUCUCUACUCUGAUCAGGGCAAGCUGAAGGAGGCAGAGGAGAUGUACCAGCAAGCAUUAGCAGGCUAUGAGAAGGCACUGGGUCUAGAUCACCCAUCUACCCUGGACAUAGUCAAUAAUCUUGGGAAUCUCUACUCUGAUCAGGGUAAGCUAAAGGAGGCAGAAGAGAUGUACCAGCAAGCACUGGCAGGCAAAAAGAAGGUACUUACUCUAGAUCACCCAUCUACCCUGAAAACAGUUGCCAAUCUUGGGACUCUCUACUCUGCUCAGGGCAAGCUGAAGGAAGUAGAGGAGAUGUACCAGCAAGCACUGGCAGGCUAUGAGAAGGCACUAGGUCUAGAUCACCUAUCUACUCUUGAUAUAGUUAACAAUCUUGGGGCUCUCUACUAUACCCAGGGCAAGCUGAUGGAGGCAGAGGAGAUGUAUCAGCGAGCACUGGCAGGCUAUGAGAAGGUACUAGGUCUAGAUCACCCAUCUACUCUUGAUAUAGUUAACAAUCUUGGGGCUCUCUACUAUACCCAGGGCAAGCUGAUGGAGGCAGAGGAGAUGUAUCAGCGAGCACUGGCAGGCCAUGAGAAGGCACUGGGUAUAGAUUCCCUAUCUACCCUGGGUACAGUCAACAAUCUUGGGGCUCUCUACAGGAGUCAAGGCAAGCUAAGGGAGGCAGAGUAUAUGUAUCAGCAAGCAUUAGCAGGCAAAGAGAAGGCAGUGGGUCUAGGUUCCCUAUCCACCCUGGGUACAGUCAACAAUCUUGGGGCUCUCUACUAUACCCAGGGCAAGCUGAGGGAGGCAGAAGAGAUGUAUCAGCGAGCACUGGCAGGCUAUGAGAAGGCACUGGGUCCAGAUCAUGCAAGAACAUGCAUGGUGGCUGAUAAUCUAGCUUCUCUCACUAGCCACAGUGCUGAACAAGAGAUGCCUGAUUCCAUGCCCUCCAUCCCCGUGGCAGCACAGGCACUAGCUGUCAGUACUCUCCAACGCUCUUUACCAGAAAGCCGACGGAAAAGGCAUGUUUUCUCGAGAAUUUUUCGCAGAAGAUAG